UUUAUAUUCAUGAGCUAAACCAUCUGACCAGCGUCUGUAUUCCAACGCCGCUGUCAGCAAAUCAGUAGUCGAACGUUACGGUGCGUCAUUAAUAUUCAUGAGCCGAACUCACCAAGAUAGGAAGCGAUUUGUAAAUACGAGCGACGCUGUCAAAGGACUCGCUAGAGUGCGCAGUGAACAUUGAGUAGAGCUGUUUUCCACACUUUAUGAGACUUGAACAGUAAGUUAGGCACUUUAUUCAGGUGGACAGAAACUACUGAGCGAUGGUCGAGGUGUUUGCAGGCCGAACUCUGGUGAAUAAAGAAGGAGAUCUGGUGGAUCCAGAGGAAGCGCUCAGGAAUAAAGUGGUUGGUCUGUAUUUCUCGGCCGGAUGGUGUCCGCCGUGUCGAGACUUCACCCCGCUGCUGUGUGAUUUCUACACCGAGCUGGUGGAGGAGAGCGAGCCUCCUGCCCAGUUUGAGAUAGUCUUCAUAUCCUCGGAUAAAUCCACAGAAGACAUGGUGGAGUAUUAUCAUGACAUGCACGGGGACUGGCUGGCUCUGCCCUGGACGGAUCCCUAUAAACACGAACUGAAGAAGAGAUACAACAUCACAGCCGUACCAAAGCUGGUCAUCGUGAAGGAGAAUGGUCAGGUGAUCACAGACAAAGGCCGAAAGCAGAUCCGGGACCAGGGUCUGGCGUGUUUCCGGAGCUGGCUGGAGGUGGCCGAGAUCUUCCAGAACUUUAAAGGCUGAGAAUCACGUGGAGCUUCCAAUGAAUUCACAAGGGCUGCUGAAACCAACAUUUUACCUGCAGAAAAGAGCCAGAACAUUUUUAUGCAAUUGUGUGCAAGAGCUUUAAACGUGUCUUUUCAGGUCAACAACCCGCACAACUAGUCAAAAGUUAUUUAAUACAGUUUUACUAUUAUUUUUAAAUAAUGUGGUAGCGAGCAGAUGUGUCCAAACUUUUGACUGGUGGUGUCUUUAAAGGAAUAGUUCACCCAAAAAAAAAAAAAAACAGCUGAACAUUUACACAACCUCAGACCAUCCAAGAUGUAGAUGAGUUUGUUUCUUCAUCAGAUUUGGAGAAAUGUAGCAUUGUGGAUUAUUGUGAUGUUUUUAUCAGCUGUUUGGACUCUCAUUCUGACGGCACCCAUUCACUGCAGAGGAUCCAUUGCUGAGGAAUUGAUGGAAUGCUACAUUUCUCCAAAUCUAAUGAAGAAACAAACUCUACAUCUACAUCUUGGAUGGUUAAUUUUCAUGUUUUCAGAACGCUUUUGCUACUUAUUUUUUGUACGGCUGCUUUUAUAAGAAUCUGUUUAUUUAUAUAAAUAUGUUCUCGUUGAUGUAUGAAUCUAUGCAUAUUCUCUCAUGUAACUUGAAGAAUAGCAGAUGUUUACUGGUUUUGUUGUUAUGGUACAUCUAAAUGCUUCAUAUUCCUCUGUGUCUCAUUAAAACUCACAGAUUGUC